GACCUAAAAUUUGCAUCAAAUUCGCAAGAGUAGAGGCAAGUAGAGCAAAGUAGAGUCUGAAGGGCCUGGAUGGGCCUGUUUCGAUAUUAGUGCAGUGUAUUCUUAUUGAUUCUUAUAUGCCUAUGGUAUAUAACGAACAACAUAAUACCAGUAGUUAAUUAUUUGACAUCCUGGAAUACUAUGUCGAAGAAAAAUAAAGGAAAGAAUGCAUUCUAUUUUUUUAUGCUUGACUGGCAAAAGCGGGCAGAAGCAAAAGGAAAAACGUUUCCGGAGGGCUUACGAGAUGUGCAACGAGAUCCAAGAUGUAGUGAAGAAUGGCAGAACCUUUCCUCACAAGAAAAAGGAUACUAUAAAAAGAAAGCAGCCGAAAGUAAAGUUGAGGCUCAAGGAUGUAUGAAGAAGAAAACAACAAUUGGAGAAUGUAUCGAGGAGGUUUUGGAAGCUGACAAGAGAGACCAAGAAUUUAAUCAAAACAUGCUUCAGUACAUAGAAUCUAUAGUGUCUAUGGGGGUUAAACAUAACAGUUUGAAGAAAUUAAAGUUCAUACUCAUACAUGUAAAUUGGUUUUUUAGAAGAGAAAUAGGAAUCAACAAAUAUGAAUUUUGUCCUGCAGAAUUUGCAGUCGCAGAAUUUAGCUUGGAAAAUGGCAUUGAAAAUAUAUAUCACGAAAUUCUUAAUGUAAAAAUACCAUUAGGAUGGAAAAGAGAUGCAAUUGAAACAAGUCAGCAAACCCAUAGAAUACCUGUAGAACUUCCAGGAGGACAGAAUGACUUUUUAUUUAUGUAUGAAAAAUUGGUUGGACUACUAGAAAGCAAUAAGACUGGAAACAAAUUGCCUCCAUUGUUUACUGUGAAAGAUAUGGUUCCUGCAGUGCAGUCAUUGCUAACAAAAAUGACUGACGCAGGAGGUGCGUCUAUAAAUGACUUUCCAAUCUAUUCAUUGGAAGCACUUUUUGGAGAACUGAGGAAUACUGCUGUGCAAAAUGUAGAUAAUUGCAGUAUACAUCUGGUAGUUGCUGAGAAUGAAUUUAAAAAAGAUAUUUUCUCGUCUGUCUCUAAUCUCGAAUGUGAUUUUCAUAAAGCUAUAGAUGGUUCGUCUCAGUACUGCAGUAUGUCUGUUGUAAAAAGAUGGGGUUUCACAAUAUGCGAUUAUUGUUGUGAAUUUCUCAGUGUACCAAUGAUCGAAGGAGUACAUUGCCCUGUCUCUCAGACAAUCGAUACUAUUUAUCAAGAUUCUGUGGACCUGAAUAUUAUUGAUACUCAUCUGAAUUCCUUAAACCUCGGUAAUCCGAGAAUGGUAGUUGAAAUGAAUGGAGUAACUGAGGAACAUAGAAGAAAAGUAUCGGAACGAAGUUAUGCUGAAGAACAACGACGUCGUGGCGAAGUAAACCGUGUACAUGUUACCCCUCCCAGUGAAUUUAAUACAUCAUCAAACAGUGCAGUUUUAAUUGGUCGACCACUACGUCCUCCUAAAACAAUGUCACAAGCUGCUGCUAAUGAAGUAAGAGAAAGUAUAAAUUGUUUUAAUUCUGCUGAUUUUCCGCCAUUAGGAGGAAAGAGUAAACUAAAGAAAGACGCAAAGAACUUUAAGCUUCCACUGGGAAGAGGACGUGGAAGCACCUAAACCUAGUAAUUGUUUUACUUUCGUAUCUUUUACGAUUUUUAUAACAAUUGAUUAUUUUACUUUAAACCUACAUAUUUAUGUAGAAUAUAAUACAUCAAUUAUAAAAUAUUUUAAAUUUUUUAUGAAAAAAGAUCUGAAACGUAUA